CACCUUACAGAAACUCUACCUUGUCUCCUGGCUUACCUUCUUAGUUGGCGGUGGUUAUUCUUAUCUCUCCAACAUUUAGAUACUCCUCCCUAUCUCCGGUGAUACUAUACUACCAUCGGCGUUUGUCACAAGCUUACAAAGGCUCCAUUGAACCAAACAAGUCGAACCCCACUAGUCAAAGUUCAAGAGGUAGAGAUUCGUCCUGCGCCUGGUGAAUCUUGACUUUUCCUCCCCAUCCCUCAAAAAAAAAAAAAAGGCUUCUUCAAAAGAACUUCCAGCAGUCAUGGCCAAGUUAAUACUUUCUACCGGAAACAUCGUUUCCGGCGGCCCCUCCAUCGUCCGCAAGCCCGGCGCAUCCAACCUCGAACUCAUAAACUCUCUGAAAGUCAGCUUCCAAGAUGCGCAACUAGACUACGCCGACGAGAUCGAAAACGUGAACGUGAACGGGACGACGACGACGACGACGACGACCAAUGGCACCAGCAAUGGCGUCCACGAAGCCACGAAUGGCGACAGCAGCAGCAGUAGCAGCAGCCUUGUGACAGGCCCCCUCUACUGGACAGCGCGAGACCAGCAGAAGAAGGAAAACGACACAAUCUUGGUGCCCCGCAUCGACUGGGCAACCGCCGGCCUCUCGGAAGAGCGUUCCCAGUACGACAUCACCGUCAAAAUCUUCUUCCUGCCCACGACGACGCCCGACGUUUCCAGGCGGGCGGCCUACACACAAGAAGCGAUGGAGCUGGUGCUAAAAGAGCUUGGAGGGAUCUCGGACGUCGACCUGCUGGUCGUUUCCUUCCCCGGCAUGUCCUUCGACGGCGACUGCGAGUGGGAAGCCGACAAGCUGAACGCCGCGCAAGGCGACGACGAGUCAGAGAUCGCGACUUGGCAGGCGGCCGUCGAGGAGCUGCACCGCCAGGGCCGGGUCAAGAGGCUGGGCAUCUCCGAGUUCGGCACCGAGAAGCUGGCGCGGUUUAUCAAGCGCUUGGCAAUCCCGCCGGCGGUGGACCAGAUCAACAUCAAGAACUGCUGCAACGUGCCGCCGCCGCUGGCGAAGCUGGCUAAGGAACAGAACGUGGAGUUGUUGGUGCAUAGCGAUUGCACGGAUAUCUUGCCUGAGGGGACGUUGAGGGAGCUCUUGGGCCCACAGGGGGCUGGCCUUUUGGCUGAUCCAGCGACGGGUAGCGGUGGGUUGAGCGGAAACCUCACGCCACAAUGGGUGAUUAAGUAUACGGCUGUGGUUAAGAAUAGGGGCGUGAUUGAGAAUAAGGGAUACUUUGCUGGUGCCGAGUUGAACUAAGGCACUUUAUCAGGGGUAAUAGAACAUACAAGACCGACCUACAUAGCUUGCUGCAUUAGCUGGGUCGAAGGGAGUUUUUGGAUGGGGCGCGCAAGGCAGGCAGGCAGGCAGGCAGGCAUUCUGAUUCUCUUGAUAUUGAUACCAAUUGCGUUUGUCAUCGUUGUUCAUGGGAAUGGG